AUGCGACGGUGGCUUUGUGCCUUUCACAACCUACCAGAGUGGGCCAAUCGAGGACUUCAGACCCCUGAUCAACAUCCUGCUUACUUCCAUCAGUAUAUCCACAUCUUCUCAUACUCCACCUGGCCCCUCUGGGCCUCUGUAAUUCUGCUGUGUCUCCUUUUACCUAAUUGCACUGCGGCUGCUGUUUUUCGAGUUGGGGUAGUGGGGCCAUGGUCUUGUGACCCACACUUUGCCAAAGCUUAUCCCAGUGCUGCAGCAAGACUAGCUAUAAGUCGAAUCAACAAGGACCCAUCUCUGUCUCCUGGGGUUACCUUUGAUUAUGUAAUACUGGAGGAGGAGUGUAAUACUUCACAUGCUCUCUCCCAGUUCCUGAGUUACUAUACUCAAGUAUCUGGUUUUAUUGGGCCAGUCAACCCAGGUUAUUGUGACGCAGCAUCCCUACUAGGAAAAAGCUGGAACAAGGCAGUGUUCUCUUGGUCGUGUGUUGGCUAUGAGCUGGAGGCCACACGCAGCCACCCAACAUUUGUCUACACUGUUCCUCUGCCUACACUUGUGCUGCUACGCCUCAUGCAGCACUUCCGUUGGGCUCAUGUUGGGAUUCUUUCCUCGGGUGAUGAUAUCUGGGUAGAGACUGCAAGCAAGGUAGCCAAUGCUUUGCGCAGCCAUGGUAUGCCUGUUGGAAUAGUGGCCUCCAUUGGAAAUGAUGCUACCAGUGUGCGCAAGACCCUGACCAAGAUCAAGAAAAUGAAGGACCUACGCUUGGUGAUCCUCUGUAUGCACUCAGUCUUGAUUGGGGGAAAAGAUCAACAGAUGCUGCUGGAGAUGGCCCAAGACAUGCGAAUGACAGAGGGUUCUGUGGUGUUUGUGCCUUAUGACACCCUCCUGUACAGCUUGCCCUAUCAGCACCUCGCUCACUACAACCUACGCAACAACAGCAAAUUACAGCGUGCCUAUGAUGCCGUGCUCACCAUUAGUAUGGAGUCUCCAGAGCAGCACUCUUUUUACAAAGCUUACAUCGAGGCACAGAGGAGUGGAGAGCUGCCUGAGAACAUUAAACCACACCAGGUAUCUCCACUGUUUGGCACCAUCUAUUCCUCCAUCCUGUUCAUGGCCCAUGCACUGCACAGUUUGAGGGCAUCAGGCCAGUGGAUGUCUGCAGCCAGUCUAGCCCAUCAUGCCCGUAAUCUGGAAUUUAAAGGCUUUAGUCAAUUCAUCCGCACCACUAACACAGGUUUAGCUAUGUUGAACUAUGUGGUGUUAGACACAGACGGCGUUUCGUGGGAACUGAGGCCUUGUUACCGGAUACAAAUGGAUACGGACAUGGUGCACUUCCUGGGUCACUUCAUUCACUUCCCCCGAUUAGGUCCACCCAAGAGUGACUCCAGCUGCUGGUUCACACAGGGGAUUAUCUGUAGCGGAGGUGUGGAUCUUUAUCAUCUGCUUAUUUUUAUCCUUUGUGUUAUUUUACUAAUCUUCUCUUUUGCUGCAUUUGUUUACUUUAUCAGGCGACGAAUCGUUCAGAUCCAAUUGGUUCAAGGACCAAACAAAAUCUUACUGACCUUGGCCGACGUCACUUUUAUCAACCCAUCACUGAGUAACAAGAAGCUAAGCAUGGAUGAGAGUAAGACUAGUGAAACCAGGAAAAGCUCUUCAAGUCACAACUCUCCUUACUCAAGUCAAUCUCCGGUCACCUAUGAGAACUCAAAUGUCGCCAUCUAUGAAGGAGACUGGGCGUGGCUAAAAAGACUUCCCUAUGGAAACUUUAGGAGCAUCACCCCAAGUACCAGUGAUGUGUUUGAGCUAAUGAAAGACAUGAGGCAUGAGAAUGUGAACCCAUUCAUGGGCUUCUUUCACGACUGUGGGGUCUUCGCCAUAGUGACAGAAUUUUGUUCCCGUGGCAGCCUGGAAGACCUGCUGCUUAAUGAGGAUGUCAAACUAGACUGGAUGUUUAAAUCUUCCAUCCUGCUGGACCUCAUUAAGGGAAUGAAAUACCUCCACCACAGAAAUGUAUGUCACGGCAGGCUGAAAUCCAGAAACUGUGUGGUUGAUGGACGCUUUGUGCUUAAAGUAACUGACUAUGGCUAUAAUGAAGUUUUGGAGGCCCAGAAGUUUCCUUAUGAAGAGCCAUCACCUGAGGAGUUGCUGUGGACGGCGCCUGAGAUCCUAAGAGGUUCCUUUCCAGGGCUAAAGGGCAGUUUGCCAGGGGAUGUAUACAGCUUCUCCAUCAUCAUGCAGGAAGUGGUGGUGCGAGGGCCUCCUUUCUGCAUGUUAGAGCUGUCGGCACAAGAAAUUGUUCAGAAGGUGCGGAAUCCUCCACCAUUGUGCCGACCAAUCGUGUCUCCAGAUCAUGCUCCACCAGAGUGCAUCCAGCUGAUGAAGCAGUGCUGGAAUGAACAGUCUGAGAGAAGACUCACCUUCGAUGAGAUCUUUGAUCAGUUUAAGAACAUAAAUAAAGGGAAGAAAACAAACAUCAUAGACUCCAUGCUAAGGAUGCUGGAGCAGUACUCCUCUAACCUGGAGGAGCUCAUCAGGGAGAGGACUGAGGAGCUGGAAAUUGAGAAACAGAAGACAGAGAAACUUCUCACACAGAUGUUGCCAUCGUCGGUGGCUGGAGUUCUUAAAUUGGGUAGCACAGUGAAACCGGAGUACUUUGACAGCGUCACUGUUUACUUCAGUGACAUUGUUGGCUUCACGACCAUUUCGGCCAACAGUGAGCCCAUUGAGGUGGUUGAUCUUCUUAACGACCUCUACACACUCUUUGAUGCGAUCAUCAGCAAUCAUGAUGUCUAUAAGGUGGAGACGAUAGGUGAUGCCUACAUGGUGGCGUCAGGUUUGCCAGUGCCAAACGGAAACCGGCAUGCAGCAGAGAUUUCCAACAUGGCUCUGGACAUCCUCAGUACAGUGGGGACUUUUAAGAUGAGACACAUGCCUGAUGUACCUGUUCGAAUCCGAAUAGGACUUCACACAGGUCCUUGUGUAGCUGGGGUUGUGGGCUUGACCAUGCCAAGGUACUGUUUAUUUGGAGACACAAUCAACACUGCAUCUAGAAUGGAAUCCACAGGAAUGCCAUACAGGAUCCAUGUGCACUCCAGUACAGUUCAGAUCCUGAUGGCAUUGAAAGCUGGAUAUAAGGUGCAGACGAGGGGGAGAAUUGAACUGAAGGGUAAGGGCACAGAGGAGACGUACUGGCUCAUCGGGAAAGAUAGCUUUACCAAACCACUUCCCAGCCCACCUGAACUAAAGCCUGGGCAAAUGGCACAUGGCUUGCAGAUGGAGGAAAUAGCUGCAUACAAGAGACGGAAAGCGGAGAAAGAGCUUGCAAAGAAGAAUAACUGAGGCCAGAGUCCAAGGACUUUAAGGCGAUGCUUCAGAAGGCAGUUAAAAAGAUCUCUGCUGUGCGACAGGUGGCCCAGCUCACCCUGGUG